AUGAGGGAAAGAAUUACGUUUGUGCAAAAGGAGGGUGACUCGAUAGAGCCCACAGCCUUGAAAGUCGACGGCAACGGACUGAAGGGCCCAGAAGUGAAGGCCGUCCGCGAAGACAGGCUGACAUUCGCCCUGGAUGAGUUGCCUGCGGAACUCAAAGCCUUGUUAGAGGGUGUCAACCAACUACACGUCCGAUGGGUCAGUCCCGUCGCAUAUGAGGCUGUUAGUCCAUUACUAGCACGUCUUCCUCCUGGCUUCCACCUGUUCUACACUCCUGGCAGUGAUGCAUUAAUCAACCCCUGCCCCCUCCUCACCAAAGCAUUCGGCCUCGACUCCUGCUCCUCCCCCUCGGACUCCUUCACCACCCUCCCAACCGACCGCUUCACCCACUCCACAACCCACCAAUUCUACCAACCCCUCCCCUCCCUCAAAGCCUUCGCCCACUUCGCCAGAUCCCUCCUCUGCCCCCCAGGCUCCCCUUCAUCCUGCUCCUCCCGCGUCGGUUCCCUCACCGCAGCCAGCCAACUCGACCUCUCCUAUGAUACAAUCUCUCACACCCUCCGCCUAACCUCCCUCUGGCCUUACUCCCCCCAAUCCCUAUCAGCAUCCCUCCUCUCCCCCACCAUCCGCACCGAAAUCGGCAUCCUCUCCCAAACCUCCCCCAAAACCCUCGAACCCCACGAAAUCGGCAUCUCAGGCCUCUUGACCGUCCUAGGGCAAUCAACCACCCCCUCCCCAACAUUAUUCUCCUUCCCCUCCCGGCACAGGGACUCCUCCUCCUCCUUCCAAGCCCACUUCCUCCCCCCGACAGGCCUCCACCCAACCCUCCAGCUAUCAAUCUCCUCCCCUUCACCCCCGGCAAAAUCCCCUACUGAAGAAACCUGCCGUUUACACGGGUACUUCACCCUUCCCAAAACCCUCUUCCCUGAUCGUCACCAGCUCAACGAUCCCCUUUUUCUGUCGUCUAAAAACCUGACUGCGGUUCGGUAUAUCACCCCUGGAAUCGACCUCGAAGCACCAGUGUAUGUAACCUCCACAUGGGGCUCUACCCUCCUUCUCGAGCUUGCUCCCCCCCAUUCUUCUUCUUCUGGAAAAGAAUGGACAGCCGAAAUCCCGCUUCAUCUACGGUAUUUGCCUCCCAGUUUAACCGGGUAUCAAAAGGCGGAGGUGCCCUACCCGGCAUUGUUCUGGGCUUGCACAGCGGAGGAGGGGACGAAAUUCCCGGGCAACCCCUUUGAGAAGGACAGGGUGGGCUAUGAUGGGUUGUUUGGGGAGAGGACGGUGUUUUGGCAUUUGAAUCCCUCGCCCGCGGACGGGAAACUGGUAAACACUGUCAAGGUCCCGGUGCUGAACCUGGAAAAGGCAGACUGGGUCGGGACUGUGACCGGGGCCGUGGUGGUGGCUGGGUUUGCGUGGGUGGUGAUCAAGUUGCUUGGGGUCGUGGUGAUGGGUGGGAAGAAGGUUGGUGAGGACAAGAAGAAAAAGCAGUGA